AUGUCGCGGGAUUAUUCAACCGAGAUCGAGAGGUUUGCCCGAGUAGCCCAGCCCUAUUUACCUUAUGCUUUGUUUCCCCUGGGACUUUAUGGAGCAGCCAAACUAUUGUCUUACCUUAUCCCUGGAGCUCAUCGACAGAGAAAAAUGAAUCUAAAGGACCGAACAGUUUUGAUAACUGGAGCUUCCACUGGUCUUGGACGGGCGAUGGCUUUUGUUUUCUAUGAAAAGGUAUGGUUUUAUACGAGGAAAACAUUUUUUAGAAUGCCUGAGACCUAAGUAAUAUAAUUUAGGGAGCAAAAGUCAUCCUAACCGCAAGAUCCAUUGAACAGCUUCAAGCACUGUGCGAAGAACUUCAGAAAACAGGACAAGAAAAAGGAUGGAACAAUCCGCAUAAGCCUGAAUUCAAAUAUCUCGACUUGGUGGAUCUCGUUGAUGAUGCUGUCGCCACAAAACAGUUGAAUGAGAUCAAAUUGUUGGCCUUAAAUGACGGCCGAAUUGACGUUCUCAUCAAUAAUGCUGGGCUCUCAAAUAGGUAAGCUCUGUUAUCUGAAACUACUCCUUUUGUCAUGCUAGAGGCUCUUGUGUGGACACGGACGUCAGCGUUCAGCGAAAGAUCUUCGACGUGAAUUAUUUCGGUGCUGUCGCUGUUACUAAGGCUGUAUAUGAUGCUAUCCCAGAUGACGGAGCUAUUGUGACCAUCGGAAGUAUCCAAUCCAAGGUCGCUUUGCCUUACAGGUCCGCUUAUUCAGCCAGUAAACACGCCAUAACAGUAAGUAUGUCUAGAAUAUAAUUAUGAAUUGUCUAGGCAUUUAUGGACUCACUAAGAGCGGAAGAUCGACCAGCUCUGCAGGUAUUGAAUGUAUAUGCCGGGUAUAUGAACACUGGGUUUGGGUCAAGAGCGCUGACUGCGGAUGGGAAAACACAUGGAAUCCAGGAUAAGAAUCAGCUGAAGGGAUACACCCCUGAGUAUUCUGCCAGAACAAUCAUCCUCGCACUGUGCAAUCGAAAGAGUGAACUGAUCUUGGCUCCCAUCACAAGCUCCUUGGCCAUCUGGCUUCGUCUUCUCACGCCCAAUUUUCUCAAUUGGAUUCUCCAUCGUCGCGCGACAAAGGAGAUCGCUGAAUACAAACAACAAAAAAAUGAGUAG